UAAAUGGGUUUGAAGCCUAGAAGAAACAGCACAUGAGUUACCGCACGCCGCAAACAACAGGAGAAACGUGGAGAUUUUUGUUCUCAUGCUUCAUAUCGAACACUAUUAAUACGUUGCGUGGAGAGAACAAGAUCAAUGAGAAGACAGUGUGGAUAGUAAAACCAUUCGUGGGAUAUUUUUAUAAAUGAGAACUUUUUCGUGUUCAUUUACAAAUGACUAGGACAUUUGAUCAAUGAUAUCACCAGAGCAGAUGAGAACCGAGUGAUCGCCCCAUCCUUGGCCCUCUCUGUCAAUCAAAGGUCCAACUGGAGCAAAGAGACGCCUCCUGCGUCCGGCUCUGAACAAACCCAUUUCCUGCUUGUGUUGGUCCCCGUGAGUGUUUCAAAACUGUUUCUCCAACGCUUUUUCCAGAAACUAAGACUGUUUUCCAAAGCAGAAACAGCACAGACCUCCCAGACUGAGGUGAUGGGAAGUGUGCGGGCCAACCGCUACAGCAUCGUGUCAUCAGAGGAGGACGGUAUGAAGUUGGCCACUGCUGCGGUGCCAAAUGGGUACGGUAACGGGAAGGGUAAAGUCCAUACCCGUCACCAGACCCAGAGCAGGUUUGUCAAGAAAGACGGACACUGCAACGUGCAGUUCAUCAACGUCAGCGAGAAGAGCCAGCGCUACCUGGCCGACAUCUUCACCACGUGCGUGGACAUUCGCUGGCGAUGGAUGUUCGUUAUCUUCUGCUUGGCCUUCCUACUGUCGUGGCUGUUUUUCGGAUGUAUCUUCUGGCUGGUUGCAAUAUUCCACGGAGACCUGGAGAAUGACGGGCCCAAGUGUGUCUCCAACGUCAGCACCUUCACGGCUGCCUUUCUCUUCUCGAUCGAGACACAGACCACUAUCGGCUACGGUUAUCGCUAUGUUACAGACGAGUGCCCCAUCGCGGUGUUCAUGGUUGUAUUUCAGAGCAUAGUCGGCUGCAUCAUUGACGCCUUCAUCAUCGGUGCUGUCAUGGCUAAGAUGGCAAAGCCCAAGAAGCGGAACGAGACUCUGGUGUUCAGCCACAAUGCUACGGUGGCCAUGAGGGACAAUAAGCUGUGUCUGAUGUGGAGGGUGGGCAACUUACGCAAAAGCCACCUGGUAGAGGCCCACGUUCGAGCUCAGCUCCUUAGAUCUCGCACCACAGCUGAAGGAGAGUUUAUCCCUCUAGACCAGAUGGACAUCGACGUGGGCUUUGACAGUGGUAUUGACCGCAUCUUCUUGGUGUCACCGAUCACCAUCGUCCAUGAGAUCGACGAGGACAGCCCUUUCUAUGACAUGAGCAAACAGGAAAUGGAGAACUCUGACUUUGAAAUCGUAGUUAUCCUGGAGGGCAUGGUGGAGGCUACGGCCAUGACCACUCAGUGCCGAAGCUCCUAUGUGGCCAGUGAGAUCCUGUGGGGACACCGAUUUGAGCCCGUCCUCUUUGAGGAGAAAAACUAUUACAAAGUAGACUACUCUCGCUUUCACAAGACCUACGAAGUGCCCAGUACCCCCCUGUGCAGCGCGAGGGACCUUGCUGAGAAAAAAUAUAUCCUAUCCAACUCGAAUUCUUUUUGCUAUGAGAACGAGGUGGCCCUUUCAAACAAAGAGGAGAAAGAGGAAGGGACUGGGGACAGCCUGGGCCCUGGAGGGACAAACACAGACACUAGCUCAGACUCUGACCACAGCCAGGCCACUGUUCCCUUAGAACCGCGGCCUCUACGGCGGGAAUCUGAAAUAUGACUGUGCAGAACUAGCGGAAAGGUUUUACAGACACCUCUUCAUACAGGCACAUUGAGCUGAACUGAGCCCCUCAGCGAGGCAAACUCAAGCUAACGGUACAGUUACGAGGAGGAAUCGACAGAGAAACUGUACAAGAGUGUUCUUACGAGUAUGCAUGGUUAAAUAAAACACAGCAUAGAGGCACUGCACAGCUAAUGAAGAAUGCACAUCAAGGGAGGAGGAGGAGGAGAGAGAGAGAGAGAGAGAGUUCCCCAUUUAGGUGACACUACCUUUUAAGACCGUUGCUUCUGAAUGACAUGAAGCCGAGAGGAUGUAACUGGUUGGCAAAACUUGAAAAUGAGCAGGCAUGUGUCCAUGUGCAGUUGUCCAACGGUGUAAGAAUGAUUCGAGCUCAGACCAAUAUUUUCAUUCAGCCAUUUACUCAUGCUGCUACCAAAGUUGAUAAUAUUGUGGAAAAUUCUGAAAUUUUACAUUAGGCAUUUUGAAUAGCUACAAAAAAUAAAACAAGUGUUUAAUAUUAACAAUAUUAAAAUAAAAAUAAUAAUAGUUCUUAGAAAUAGCAUUAUACAAAUCAGAAAAAAAAAGGCAGCCAGGAGUGUUAGUCAAAGUCUUAAGUAUCAUUAAAAUGUCCUGUUCCUACCAUCUAGUUAAUUAUUCCAUCAUCUCCUCGUUUCCUUUCUAUUUAAAUCCACUGGCCUUCGUGUGAGGCUUUGGGUAUUUCUGGAACAAUCUUGUAGGGGGCUUAGGUGGGUAACCUCUCUUUGGGAAUACAGACAACUUAGUGUCUGCUUUUUAAAAAAAAAAAAAGACAUUAAGUUGGAAGCCCUCUAUAGUGCAUUUCAGGUUAUCUGAAUGGAGAAAUGCACAGGAACAUGCCUGUUUAUUGCGAUAUAUAUAUCGGACAGGGUCUUUAGAUCAGUAUCAGAAUGAGAAUCGCAGUCGUCAUGUCCGCAUGGACAAAGAGAGUGAACGUGUUAAUGAAUGUCUUUCUACAAGUGCUGCUAUGUUGCAUAUUAUAGAGUUUUAGACUUAAACCAAAGAGUAUUCAAAAUGAUCUUUCAUAAAGAAUGCAUCAAAUUCUUUUAUUAGAUAGGAUAAUAAGACAAGUCAUGACGUGGAGUAAAAAAAUAUAUAUAUUUGUAAGUGAAAAGAAAUGGUUUUUGUUUGCUUACGCACAUAUAUGGUUUAUUUGUAUUGAUUAUUUUCUUAUUCAAAGCCAAAUGUGUAUAAGACAAAGACUACGAAUAACAAAGCCCAUUGGAAAUAAGAGCUACAGGUUAGCCUACCUUAUUUUCAAACCCUCCUUUCCAUCCCAUAACUUCAGUGUUACUGUAGUUUAGUGCUACAUGAGUGUUUGGGUUGGAAAAUGUUGCUAGAAAACCUUUAGAUUUAAGGUUCUAUUUGCAUGGAUUACUUAUAGUUUCAUUUACAGGCUGCGUGAGUGUAUAUUGGCCGAACGGUUUGGGUUCUAUUGGAGGAAAGAAACGGGACAGAAAACAGAAUCCACUCUCCCUUCUGACUUUAAACCUCUCUAAUAAUUAAUUAUUUCUCAAUCAACUCUAACCUCUUGUCUUGCCUGACAAACUGCAAUACAACCCUAAUGACUUGUUUGGCAGGUGUACCAAGGACUGGGUAUGUAGACUGAGAUCAUGGUACUGUGAUCCAAUGACAAUCAGAACACAGAAUCUGAGCUCAGAACCGCACUUGCACACAAAAUGUGCUCCUGAGAUAUCACUUGACGUUUGAUUGUGAUGUCUAACGUGUCUCCUCUCACCCUUGCUUUUUCUUAAAUACCUGAAUUAAUGUAAAACAGCCACUAGAGCAUGUUCUCCGGAAAGCUCUAUAAAAGGAGACAAUAAAAUUAGGGGAUAUUUAUUUUGAAAAUACUGCAUGUUAUGCAGCUGUGUUAAACGUACAAAAGAGUAUAAAUUGCAAUCAAUGCUUUGUCAUCCAUAGCUUUUUUUUUUUUUGCCAUGUCAUUUUUCAAGAGUCACUUGACGAACAGCCAAAUACGCAGUGCACCUGGUUCUCACCGGGCUACUGUUGGCUCGUUCGAAGAAAAUGUUCCUAUCAAUGAAUGUGGGUCUAUAGGCAGCGUUUCUUUCUCUCUGUUGUAAAUAUCCCCAUACUUUAUGCAGUCGUUUUUGUAUCAGUCUUCCCUAUUGUACUGAAAGAAAACAAUGGAAUGUACAGAUUUUUAUAUUAUGAUUAAUAUUAUUGUUGUUAUUAUUAUAAUUAUUGUAAUUAUUAUUGUACAUGCUAUUUUAUUUCAUUUUUCAAUAAAACGAGAUUGAA